AUGACCGACACUAAGAAUCCAAAUACCUAUCAGAACUUCCGUCACAAGUCAGAUUUCGUGUUCACGAUCCGUGCCGCUAGGAUAUUACUGACACCAGUCGGUAUCUGGCCGCUGGACAGGAGCAGUUCGAUCACAGCUGACGUCAAGUCGAUGAUCCAGGUCGGAGUGAUCUUCGGCUUGAUGUCUUUCUUAUUGAUACCUCACGUGAUCUACACUUUUCACGACUGUGAGGACCUGACACGGUACAUGAAGGUGAUCGCCGCGCAAGUGUUCAGUCUUUUGGGGAUCAUCAAGUACUGGACGAUGAUCUUCAAAAAGCAGAGGAUCAGGUCUUGCCUGGUGAAGAUGCAGAUACAAUACAAGACGGUCGAAUGCGAGGAGAAUCGACUGGUGAUGAAGAACUCCGCCAAGAUCGCACGAUUCUUCACGACCAUCUAUUUGAGUCUCUGUUUUGGGGGCGCUUUGCCCUAUCAUAUCAUUCUGCCUCUGUUAUCCGAGAAGAUCGUCAGGGCGGAUAAUACGACCCAGAUACCGCUACCUUACCUGAGCAACUAUGUAUUCUUCGUGAUCGAGAAUUCCCCGUUUUACGAGAUCACAUUCGCCUCUCAGAUAGUGAUCAGCACUAUUAUAUUGUUCACUAACUGUGGGACUAACAGCCUGAUCGCUAGUAUGACGAUGCAUUCUUGCGGGAUGUUCGAGGUCGUUAAUAGACAACUAGAGACACUGAUGUUGGAUCAGCGGAGAGAUGAAAUGAAGGCCAGCCUCAGGAACGUUGUUCAAUAUCAUCUGAGAGCAAUCGAAUUUGCAGAUAUGAUCGAGAGAAAUCUGAACGGGAUAUUCCUCUCGGAAAUGGUCGGCUGCACACUCAUCAUAUGUUUCCUCGAAUACGGAGUCAUUAUGGAAUGGGAAGAUAAGAACAUUCUGAGUAUGGUGACGUAUUUCCUUCUGAUGACCUGGAUGUUCCUGAAUGUGUACAUAUUAUCGUACAUCGGAAAUUAUCUCAAACAAGAGAGUGAGAGGGUUGGAGUAAUGUCGUACUUUCUUCCGUGGUACGACCAUUCCGAAGAAGUGAACAAGAAUUUAAGAAUGAUCAUACUUCGAGCCACCCGACCGACGUGCUUCACCGCCGCCAAAUUUUUCGAUCUGUCGCUUCGAGGGUUCUGUGACGUUUUCAAAACCUCCGCGGCCUAUCUGAACUUCCUCCAAACGAUGACAGGAUGA